GACUUAAAUGGUUUAAGGUAUUACCAUCAAGUCUAAAUUUUAUUGGUGGUAGGAAAAGAAUUUAAAUUUUAAAUAAGCGUUUAAUACUUCUGCAGGCCCUUCGAUAUAUUUUGUGGUAUUCUAAUUUUCAAACCUGGAAAUGGCUUACCCAUCUCGAAAUCUUGACGAUAUCUUGGACGGCGUGAAAGAAGAUCCUAAGCAUUUGCGCAAUCUAUCAAACAUCUACAAGUUGGAGCUGGAAGUGCAGAAGCGCGAGUAUGGUAAAAGGGAGGAUGUCAGCCACUCUCGCAUCCUGUUGAGGGAAGGUCCUGAUAUAUUGGCUGCUUAUAAGAAGGACCCCGUAACUCUUAGGUAUUUCAAUGAAUGGGCGCCAUGGACGUUUUACGGCGUACCUUUUGCCAAAGAAAGUGAAACAAAUAUUUGCGAUCUAAGUGCCUACCUGGUAAUUCCGCAAAAUCCCGAUUUGAAACCAGAAUCUACAUACAAAAUGUAAAUUUGAUUUUGCAAUAAAAUAUCCUUUGUUGCCUUUGCUGCU